AUUCGAAUUAAAUUCGUUUAGAUGAAUUAUUUUAUAGAUUAUUUUCUAAUUAUUUUAUCUGCAUUAUUAACAUUUAUUCGUUCGUUACAAAAUGAUUUUAUUUUCGAUGAUCAAGAAGCUAUUAUUAAGAAUAAAGAUAUACAACAAGAUUUAGAUACAAAUAUUUUUUCAAUAAAAAUAUUUCAAAAUGAUUUUUGGGGAACAAAUAUUGCUACCGAUUCUAGUCAUAAAUCAUAUAGGCCAUUAACUGUUAUCAUUUAUCGAUUGAUUGCAAAGUUUGUCGCAAUCAUCAAUCAUAAUAAUAAAACAUCGUUAUCAUCCCAAUCUUUAGAUCCAUUUCCAUUUCAUUGUAUAAAUUUAUUGGCCUAUUGUGUUUGUUGUUGUUUUACGUAUCUAACCCUUCAGAAUUGGUUGAAAUCCAAAUUGAAUUCUUGUAAAGAAUUUCGUCAAUUAGCAUUGAAAAUUACCCUGUUUUUCACCAUACAUCCAUUACAUUGUGAACCGGUAUCCACUUGUGUAGGUUUAGCCGAUAUUUUGUCAGCAACAAGUUCAUUGAUUUCAUUGAAUUAUUUUGUAUCAAAUCUUGAUCUAUACGAUUAUCCUACGAAUAAAUCAUCAUCAUCAUUAUUGAAAUGGAUUCGAAUUCAAUUGAACAUUAUUCUGUUUGCAUUUGCAUCGAUGUUGUUCAAAGAACAAGGCAUCACAAUAUUGGGUUUUCUUUUGAUCCUUUUGAUUCAAUUAUGGCUGGCUAAUAAUCGCAUUCUACAUCAGAGAAGAUUAAUAUCUACCGUUAUCAUUUAUUUGGUGACGAUAAUCGGAUUUCUUUAUCUUCGAUUAUGGUUAAUGAAUUUUAAAUUACCACGAUUUGGUUCAAUGGAUAAUCCAGCAUCACAUUUAACGAAUCGAUUAUUUCGUUUAAUCAAUUAUAAUUAUAUUUAUUUCUGGAAUACUGUGAUUACAAUUUGUCCAAUUUGGCUUUCAUUUGAUUGGUCAAUGGGUUGUAUUCGUUUAAUCGAAACAUUCAAUGAUUAUCGUUUUAUAUUGGUAAUAUUGUUUUGGAUAACAGCCAUAAUUAUAAUCAUUCGAAUUUGUUUUACCGAACCAAAUUUAUUACCAUUCAUUCUAUUUACAAUCAUUACAUUUUUACCUUCAUCAAAUAUAUUUUUUCAAGUUGGUUUUGUUAUUGCUGAACGUAAUCUAUUUCUACCGAUUCUUGGUUAUUGUUCUGUUUUUGUUCAUUUACAUUAUCGAUUAACAAAAUCAAUUGCUCAACGUUCUUCAAUAUUGAACAAAUUAUUCUACCUGUUGCUCAUCUUUUUAACCAUUCGUUCCUAUCAGCGAUCUGGACAUUGGAAUAAUGAAUUAAAAUUAUACGAACUGGACAGCCGCGUUUGUCCAAAUAAUGCAAAAAUCUAUUAUAAUAUUGGAAAAAUAUCAGCCGAUUUAGGUAAUCGAACGAAAGCAAUCGAUAAUUAUCGUCAUUCAUUAUUGUUAUAUGAAAAUUAUACAAAUGCAUUGAAUAAUUUGGCAAAUAUAUUGAAACAAACUAGUUCGGAAGAAUUACAUGAAGCUUCGAAACUUCUUCAACGUGCAUGUCAAUUAGAUCCUGAAUUUGCAACUGGUUGGAUGAAUUUAGCUACCGUUGAAAUGUCAUUAGGAAAUUUUCAAAAAUCUGAACAAUAUUUUUAUCGUGCAUUAGUGUUACGUCCAAAUCAUGCUAAUACUCAUUUCAAUAUGGGUAAUUUGUAUAUUAAACAAAAACGAUUUAAAGAUGCUGAAAAUUCAUUCAAUCGUGCUAUUGAAUUAAAUUCAAAAUUUGUGAAAGCAUGGCAUAAUCUAAUUCUUUUGAAACAAAAUGAAAAAUCCUAUGAUCAAGCAUACGAAUUGGCUAGAAAAGCAUUAAUCGAAUUGCCUGAUGAUGAUAGUUUAUAUUUUCUUAUUGGUAAUAUUUGUGGACAAUAUUUACAAAAAUUUCAAGAGGCUGAACAAUACUUUUUGAAAGCAAUAAGAUUAAAACCCGAAAAUCCAAGUUAUUUAAAUAAUUUAGCUGUUUUAUAUCAUAAAAUUCAAAGAUAUUCGGAUGCAAUCUAUUAUUAUCAACAAACAUUAUUGGUGAAUCCUGGACAUUUGAAUGCAAAAGAUAAUCUGAAUAAAUUAUUGAUACAACAACAAGAACAGAAAAAAACAAGAAAAAUCAUUUAAUUUCAUAAGCAAAUA